AAGGUGAAUUGUUUGAGGUUAUUUGAAAUAAUUUUUAUUUAAAUUCUUGUAUUAAUAAAUAAACACGGUUUAUGUAUUUAUGAACAAAUACAUAAUACAUUGACAGAGAUGUAAGGAUUCAUUUAGGGGUUGAAGCAUUUAAAAGUAUAGAAAUAAUUAAUCAUUAUGUCGGAUUUACGAAAACUGGUUUUUGAUCAAUCUCACAAAAGAGGGUCUGUGACUUCAAAAUUUUCAAUUCCAAAACCUGACUUUACCCCUCUGAAAUGGAAUGACUAUUUUGACAAAGAAGAGUUUAUUGAAACCUCAACAGGAAGUCACCAUAUAUUCGUUAAAGGAAGUACCGGACCAAUCAUUCUUUGUCUGCAUGGUGGUGGUUAUAAUGGUCUAACAUGGGCUCUUUUUACGAAAGAGAUAUUUGCUAACCUGGAGUGUCAAAUAGUGGCAUUGGAUUUCCGAGGUCAUGGAAAAACCAAAACCAAUAAUGAUACUGAUUUGUCUUUGGAAACUCUUUCCAUGGAUGUUGUGGAUGUUGCAAACACUCUUGCUGAAAGAGAAAAAACAUCAAUUGUUUUAGUAGGGCAUAGUAUGGGAGGCGCUAUUGCAGUUAGUGCUUCUUAUAAAAUUGAUAGCUUAGUCGGAUUAUGUGUGAUAGACGUUGUUGAGGGAACAGCACUUGAUGCCCUUUCCUCUAUGCAAAGCAUUCUGAGAGGGCGUCCAACCCACUUUAAAAGCAUCCCUCAUGCAAUUCAGUGGUGUUAUAAAGGCGGACAAAGUCAUAACUUGGAAGCCGCCAGAGUUUCUAUGCCUGGACAAAUAAUAAAUAUGGAGACAGGUGAAUUGGCAUGCGAUGAAUGGGAGACCUUUGACAAAAUAGACGCUAAAUGUAUCGACAUACCUUGCACCACCAAAUUUUUGGAAAAUGAUUUAUCAUUAAAAGAGGUCGACGAAGAGCCUGCAACUGCUACAGAAAAAAUGCCUGCUAAUAAACCACCAUUGCCGCAUUCUGACAAGCAUACUAACUUUAAAAUUCCGGAAAAUCAAAACAACAAAGAUGGUGGUCCUAAGUAUACCUGGAGAAUUGACCUAAGUAAGACUGAACCAUUCUGGCAUAACUGGUUCCAAGGAUUAUCAGAAAGAUUUUUGGGAUGCAAAGUGCCAAGAGUUUUAAUCCUAGCCAAUAUUCAUGGACUUGAUACAAAGCUCACUGUAGGGCAAAUGCAGGGGAAGUUUCAGCUUCAAGUUUUAGCUAAAACUGGUCAUGCGGUUCAUGAGGACCAACCACAUCAAGUAGCUGAAAUCCUUAGCAUUUACUUAGUUAAACAAAAAUGCACUCAGUGCAAGCCUGGAUUCUCAAUGCCACUUUACCCUAAUACUUGUUGUUAAUUAUUCAUUAUUAGAUAUAAGUUUUUCGUGGUUUCAUACUAUUCAUCCUUUAUAAUUUUGUUUUAUGAUGAAUGUAUUUUUCUUACAAUCAUUCUUGAAAGGUUAUCUGCUCCCUUGCUUGACUUAGAGCAGGAUAUUCGUAAAAAAACUAAAGUUAUGUUGUAAUAUAAAUGUGUUUUUCUUAGCAAA